AUGACAUGGUCAAGUCUUAGUGAGAUAUCACAAGAAGGAUAUCAUCAUUAUCCCCUGAACAACGUCAAGUUUUGGACGUAUAGUUUGACUGGAAUGGAAACUCCAAACAGUCAUAGAAUGAAUUCGUCAGACGAAAGUGCAUAUCAUUCAGUAACCCAAAAAGAUACACCAGCUUGUGUUCAUAAACGCGAACCUACUGCUGAAGAAAAAAAGCUUACGAAACUUUUGAUUGAACGUGUUCUCCCUCCAUUUUCAAAGUCACUAAAACUACAAGCUCUUGUAGUUUAUCAAGCUGAUCAAGAAAAGAUGAAAUGUUUACUUGUUAACCAAACGUAUCAGAAAACUAGUGAUCAUUCUUCUGAAAAUGGCACUCCUGAUCAAGAUUUAUCAGAUUCAGGAAUUAUGGAUACAUCUACAGAACCGAUUUCACCAAUUAAAACUGAUGACGUUAUAAAGAAGUAUAACUUUUCUGUCUCACGUCGUAAACGAAAGUUAAGUCGACCAUGCAAAAUACCUCAAAACUCUCUUGUUGUUGCUGAUUCCAAUGAAUCUUUACCUGCUACAACUGCUGCAUCACCAACUUCCGUUUCAAGUCAACAAAUCUCAAAACCAGUAACUGAACUUGUCGCACCAAUGAAAGGUGGGCCAACAAACGGUUUGUUUUUACCUGUUUCGGCAGUUACACUUCUUCCUCACGUAAGUGUUUUCUCCCUACCUGUAACAGUACUAUCAACUGUCCAUCGCCCUAUUUUACCUCGGAUUUGUAUUGAUAAACAACCGAUUGCCCGUCCUGUUAAUAAUUAUAAUAUACAGACAGUUAUUUCACCUCAAAUAAAGCAUACAGUAUCAUCUAAUUCUCCCUCUAAGAAUCCUACUAAAGAAUCCAUAAACUCUUCAGAAGAUUCAAGUGUCCUGAAUCGUCGAUAUGCCAAAUCAUUUAUAUGCAAUCAGUGUCGGAAACCGUUCCCAUCAUUAAGCUUAUUAUGUGAACAUACCUUCGCAGUGCAUAAAGCAUUUAGGUGUACUAUAUGCGGUGCUCAAUUUACUCAACGAUCCAAUCUUCAGCGUCAUUCCCUUCGUCAUGUUGGCUUUAAACCUUUUGUAUGUAAGAUAUGCGAUAAAUCUUAUUACCGUAAAGACCAUCUUGUUCGACACAUUGAACUGACACAUCCUGGUUGUGAUCCACGUACAAAUCUUACAGUGAAACUAAGUUCGGCUGAAUGUCUAGAUUAUCUUGAUCAAAUCAAUAAACAGAACAAUACGAAUGAUGAACAACUACAAAUACCAUGUCACAAUACAACUAAUAAUAGUGAUGCUAAUAAUGCUUCUGAACUUACUGUCGAACAAGAUGAAAGUGAAUCUCAGGACAAACUAUGCAUUCUGGUAUCUGAGCAGCAUGAACAACCCGACAUAUGUUCACAAUCACAUCAUAUAUGUACUAGUAUAAAUUCCUGA